AAUUAAAUAUAUUUUAAAAAAUGGGUCGAACAGUAAAAAAAUCCAGCAAAAUAGAACCACGGGAAAAAGAAAAGUACACUGUUCAAAGCAGUUUAAGACAAUCUCUAUAUCUAUUAAAAUAUCCCAUAAAUGAGCUUCCAGGCAACCAGCUGCCCAGUGUCAAAAAUAUCUUGCAAUACUUUCACUUUUUGAAAUCUUCAAGGAGCACCAGAUUUAAGUCCAGCAAAGAAAUUAUUGCCUGUCCAACAAAAACAGGAACCAGAAGUCUAGUUUGCCAGUAUAGAGCAUGCAAAAUAUCAACCAAUAGAUGUGUAACUUCAGCUGUUACUGACAUCUGGAUAAAAGCUGGUUUUGCGUGCAACAUUAUUAGUGGAAGAUCUGUUAGGUAAA